AUGGCUGACAGAGCCAUCAGCCGUACGCGCAACCAGCGCGCAAAACGAGUUACUCAGGCCUGUGAUUACUGCCGCCAGAAGCGGUUGAAAUGCACGGAGAACCAAUACCCCUGCUUGAACUGCCAACUGUACAACGCCGAGUGCACCACGCGUGGCCAGGCCCGGCGUGUCGGGACUACCCAGACGUCGAGUGAUUCUGGAGCCCAUGAUGUCGUCCGGGCGGCUGAGAACCAGCCGCAAGUAGGAAUGGCGCAGUGGACGCAGGAGCAGGAUUUGGACCACGCUGCGAACCAGGACUUUAACAACCUGGUGCAGCAACUGGAAAAUGGUGUCGCUUCGGACUUUAUCGACCUGGACGAUGCCAUGUGUGCUGACUUUCCCAAUGCCGAUACCCUCCUAAGCCCGGGACAUGGGCCCUGGACGGGGUAUACUCUGCCAACUCGGCCACAUGCCACGGCAGAUCCCAUGCCCGAGCCGACUGCACUGUCACCCUUUGGCAAAGUGUCAAGCAUCGAUUCGCUCGUCAAGCAAGACCCAAACACGACAGAAUUAGACCGAUCCAUACCCCCGGGUAUCUUCAUCCGAAAGAAUGAAGGGAUAACUUCAGUGGGAGCGACGAUGGCUCUCUGCCUAAAGGAUGCCCAUGAAAGCCAGCGAAUUCCUGUCGAUGGAAACUCCAUGGGGUUCCUGGUUGAAGCAGGCCCCCAUGUGGAUGAGGUAGGCUUGUCGUCUCGCCUUGACCUCUCAGCGCAGAGCCUGCCUCGAUCAGAAGCAGCUAUGCAGAGCAUUGAUGCAUAUUUCAAAACCGUCGAUGGCUUCUACCCCAUAGUCGAUGAGGAGCCCUUGCGCGCUAAAGCCCACAUGCUAUACACGUCGGACCGAUCACAUGUCAGCGUCGUUGACUACUCAAUGUUUUACCUCGUCGUGUCGCUAGGUGCAAUGGGCAUCAGCCAGACGUCUGGCCGUUCCGACGCCAGCGAGCAGCUCUCUGUCGAUGCCUACGAGCGGGCCUGGUCCAUAAUGAGCGAUUCGAUCGCAACACCAUGCGAGGCCUCGUUGCAGGUUCUCUUGCUUCAUAUUGUCCGGCAUUCUUACUUUGGCAAGUCUGGGAUCGCAUGGGUCUUUUGCGGUCUUGCCAUACGCAUCGCCGAGGCGAUCGGACUGCAUCGGAAAAUCCCCAAGGAGAUGGAUGUGCCAAAAAGUCAAGUGUGGCUUCGUUCACGGCUCUGGUGGAUUUUGCUGCACCUCGAUGCGAGUCUCUCCAUCUCGCAGGGCAGGCCGCCCGGGCUCAUCAACCCGACGUACGAUCUGGAUACGAGGCUUCCAGACGCAGGCAUGGACGAGGACAAACUGGUCCCAAGCCUGGCACAGUUCCUCACCUGGCGUUUCAGGCUUAACCGGAUCCAGACGCGCUUCUGUAGCGCCAUGCACUCCAGCGAUACCGCUGCCUCGAGGUUGGAGGCAAUCACAAGGGCAGAUGAAGAGAUGAGCGAGUGGAAGGGUGACUUGCCCACCAUAUGCAGACCGGAUCACCACAUUUCGGUGUCGCCUGACAGGUACCUACAGGUCGUCCUCUUGCACUUGGACUAUUUCAACUUGCUGCGGACGAUCUACUGGGCAGCUAUUACACUGGGAUCUACCGGUAGCAACGCGAGCCCCCGCAUCCAAGCGAGCGAAAUCCUAUGCGUCGAAGCGGCACGGUCUUUCAUCAAGACAUUAAACAAUAGUUUCCUCACGAACAACUACAUGGCGGCAAUAGCAGUGUUAUACCGAAGCAUCUCUAAGAAUCCGCUUAGUUUCUCAGCGCGGGCGGACCUCGAGCAUUUGCGCGCAGGCAAGAUUCAUCUCGACCUUGAUACGCCUAGCAACGGUACUGUUCCGGCCUUGAAGGCCCUGUUUGAGAACAUGCUCUCGAAUGCGCAGGAUUUUGUCUGGAAACCGGAUUUCUUUCACAGUACAAGGACUCGCUAA